AUGGGUUCAAGUCCGACUCAAGUUUCGAAGAGGCCAAACCUUUUUCACAUCUACGGUGGUCUGCCAUGCAACUCUUUAAUGGCUGACUCCUGGUCAGACAGAACUCCCCUCCAUGAAGCAGCUUAUCAGGGCAGACUCCUUAAUCUCAGGACUUUCAUCACUCAGGGCUUCCGCGUAGACACACUCACCAUGGAUAGAGUCUCUCCUCUCCAUGAGGCUUGUCUUGCUGGGCAUUAUGCUUGUGCCAAGUUCCUGCUGGACAACGGUGCAAAUGCAGAGGCAGUUUCAGCAGAUGGUGCCACAGCUCUUUAUAACUCCUGCAGCAGUGGAAGUGCUGCAUGUGUCAGACUCCUCUUACAGCACGGUGCAUCCAUCUACACCACCUGCCAGCUUGCUUCACCCAUCCAUGAGGCUGCCAAAAGAAAUCACAGAGAUUGUCUGGAACUGCUGUUGGCCUAUGGAGCUCCUAUUGAUGUGGAGCUGCCAGAUGUGGGGACCCCACUGUACUCCACCUGCAUGGCCCGAGCUGCAGCAUGUGUGGAGCUGCUGCUACGUUCAGGAGCAGAUGUCCACCUUGGAUGCGGACAAGACAGUCCUUUACAUGCUGCAGCUCGAGCCGGAGAGUCAAAGGUGGUUGAACUCCUGUUGGACUUUGGAGCUGACAGGUCCUACAGGAACGCAGAUGGAAAGACCCCUUUAGAUCUUUCAGUGCCCAACAGCACGGUUCAAGUUGCUCUGCAGAAAACAGGUCCUCGCUCUUUGUCCCAGCUGUGUCGUUUCUGCAUUCGUCGUAGCAUCGGAUGGAACCGGCUGCACAAAGCCUCCAGCCUCCUUCUCCCGCUCAGUAUCAAGGACUUUCUCCUCUACCAAUAA